GCUGCUAGUGACGGCCGUGAUAUGCAGUGCCCUGGUGGCAGUGCGGGCCAACCCCGUGCCGGAAGCGCGACCAGACCCGGAACCAAAGACCGACAUCGAGCUGAUGAAGAUUCCCCUGGAGGGAGAUAAGGAACUGGACGUCAUCACGCUGGUCGACUCCGGUGACCAGAAAAUCAACGAGCGAAACAAGCGGACAAUCGGUAUUCUGCGGGAGCUGUUCCCAACCAUCUCGCAGAUUCUGGAUCAGAAAAUCCAGAUGAUCACCUCCUAUUUGUUCCGCACGAUUGGGCCGAUCCUGCUGCGCAGCGGUCUGGGUGGAGGCGCUGGCGGGGACAACGCCGGCAGCCGCGGAUCCACCGACGACGAUUUCGAUGAUGAUUUUGACGAUGAUGAUGACGACAAGAACAUCUCCAGCGACAAUGGACGCAAAAUCACCACCAACGAGAACCUGAACACGCUGGAAUCGCUGGAUCUGGCCGGCUUGAGCGACGCGAUGAACGCGAUCCGGGUGGCCCGUGCCACCGACCAGGACACCAAAUCCGUGGGCGACGCGGACGACCAGAACGGCGCCGAAUCGUCGGCCAAGAGCUCUGCCCUGGACGAGCUGACGCUGGACUCCGAGGGCAACGACGAGGACCGCAACAAGAGGUUCCUUUCCUUUGGUGGUUCCUCGGGCGGAGCCGGCGGUUCCGGAAACUUUCUUUUUGACAUCAUUCGUCAAACAGCCGAUCGGGCCGCCCGUGCCGCUGGAACCGUGUACCGGGUUGUGGCCGGCACCGAGUCACUAGACAACACCAAGAACAGCAACAACAACGAUAAAGACGACGGACGUCGACUUUCCACCACCUCUAGCUCUUCCUCUACUAGCUCUAGCCAUUCUGCGCUCGUCUCGGGCAGCUCAGGAACCGAGCAGAGCGAUGAGAAGGCCAACUCCCCGGAUGACCACGAGCUGGGCAAGGGAGACGGCUACACCGAGGGUAUUCCCGGACCGGUGACGCGCCUGUUCGUGCUCGCCAACCGCGGUCUGUCCAACCUGAUCCAAGAUCUGAUCCUGCGAAUCGCACAAACUAGUGAACGAGUGGUUAACUUCAAAGCACGUCUGAUUACGUCACUCAUCUAAGCAGCAUGUACCUUCCCCUCCCUCAACUUCCCGAGAACGGUUCCCCCACACCUGUAGAAACAAUCCUGGUCCCCACAAACCCUCUUCGAAAAAAAACCCUUCAAAUCCCCACCCGUCGUAUUUGUGUUCUAACGACUUUUGACAAACCUAUCAAAUCCUCAGUAGCUACGAAUUUUUGCUAAGAAUCAGAUCUCCGCCCGGCGCCCGCUAGCCAGGGCGCAAACCAUUGAGCAGAGCCCGGCACUCACACCCAUCAACUCAUCCCGUACGCAAAAACCAGCACUCGCAAUUUGUAAAUACAAGACUCGAACCGAGAGAGUUCCUGUCGUCGUGCCAAACUCGCCGCGAUGGCCCGCUCCGAGCGUGCCUAUUGUUCUGUACACCGGUGACAGCUCUCUCUCCGUGGUGUGCGCCCUGCCACCUAGCGGGCACCAGUGGAAUCGCGCCCAAGGGAACUGAGUGAACUAGCUCAAAACAGAAUCGGAGACAAAUUCAAUAAGGCUGGAAAAAGGAAACUUGUGUUUAUUUUUUUACUAUUUUUAAUGUGUAAUGUAUAAUAUUUCUGCUCCUUUUCUCCACACUGUCUGUACUUGCUCAAACUCAAGGUUGUGUUAAACUAAUUCUGUAUCUU